AUAAACUUUGUCACAGAGGCAUUCUAAAUACUGUGUGAAGAUGGCAAGUCUGAUGAAUCAGAGUCUGCUGACCUAUGCAGAAGAAGGAAAUGUUCCUGCUCUGAAAGCACUGCUGGAGAAGUGCAGGGAUGUAGAUGAGAGAAAUGAGAAUGGCCAGACUCCACUCAUGUUGGCUGCUGAGCAAGGCAAUUUAGAAAUUGUCCAGGAGCUUCUCAAGAAGGGAGCUAAUUGCAACUUGGAGGAUGCAGAUAACUGGACAGCUCUUAUUUCGGCAGCUAAAGAAGGACAUGAAGCUAUUGUAGCAGAACUUCUCAGCUAUGGUGUCAAUUUGGAGCAUAGGGAUUUGGGAGGAUGGACUGCUCUGAUGUGGGCUUCGUAUAAAGGCCGGACUGAAGUAGCAAAGCUGCUGCUUGAGAAGGGAGCAAAUCCAAACAUCACUGGCAUGCAAUACAGUGUUUAUCCAAUUAUUUGGGCAGCAGGACGGGGCCACUCAGAUAUAGUGCAUCUCUUACUGCAGCAUGGAGCUAAAGUGAACUGCUCUGACAAAUAUGGAACCACCCCAUUGGUUUGGGCAGCCAGGAAAGGCCAUUUGGAUUGUGUGAAAUACUUGCUGCAAAUGGGAGCUGAUGUUGAUCAAGAAGGAGCUGUAAGUAAUUGCUUGUUUUCCAGUGAAAGAUGGAGGCACGUACAUCUGUGCUAUUAACAUAUAUUCAGAUAU